AUGCAUUCUGAAAACAUGCUAUAUAAAUUUAUUGCAGUUCUGGCAGUAGCCAGUAUCACCUUUCCAAUCGUUUCAGCUGCAACAGACAAAAUCGUUUGCUACCAUGGCACGUGGGCCAAAUACCGCUAUGGAAAUGGACAAUUCUUAUUGAGCAAUAUCGACCCUACUUUGUGUACGCACAUCAUCUACACUUUCGUUGGAAUCACCACCAAUGGACAAGUGACAUCUCUCGAUCCAUCGUUGGACUACAAUUCAGGUAACCUCAACAAAUUCACCGCCCUGAAAACGGUCAACCCCAAACUCAAAACCCUCCUCGCAAUCGGGGGAUGGAGCGAGGGUUCCACGAAAUAUUCCACCGUUGCCGCCUCUGCCGAACUCCGGGCUGUCUUCAUACAGAGCGCUCUGGAUAUUGUACAGACUUACGGGUUCGAUGGGUUCGAUUUGGAUUGGGAGUACCCAGCACAGCGUGGUGGUUCUGCCGCAGACGUGGCAAAUUUCGCAACUCUUAUCAAAGAAUUCCGUGAGACGUUCGAUAAACACGGACUACUUCUGUCUGCUGCAGUUGCUGCUCCUUUAGGACUGGUCGAGAUAUCUUAUGAUGUGCCUUCAUUAUCAAAGUACUUAGACUUCAUCAACGUUAUGGCAUAUGAUUUGCACGCUUCUUGGGAUGGAGUACUUGGUCACAAUGCACCAUUGUAUGCAUCUUCAGUCGACACUUCUGCAGCUUCCAAACUACUGAAUCUGAAAUCUAUCGUCGAGAGUUGGAUUGCCAAAGGUGCUGAUCCUCAAAAGCUCGUCCUUGGCAUACCCUUUUACGGCAGAACUUACACCCUUGCCAGUACUACCAACGUUGCCAUAGGAGCCGCCAGUAUUGGUGCUGGUUCUUCCGGACCGUAUACUGCUGAAGCGGGAAUGCUUGGCUAUAACGAGAUUGUGGAGAAACAGUUGGCUGGGGGAUGGACGAUAGUAUGGGAUGAUGAACAGAAAGUACCACACAUGUACAAAGACAACCAAUGGGUUGGUUACGAUGAUCCUCAAUCCGUUACUCUGAAAGUGGAGUACGCGAAAUCUAUGAGUUUAUCAGGAGUCAUGGUAUGGUCCAUAGAAACAGAUGAUUUCCGUGGUGCUUCUGGAACUGCUUUUCCUCUUCUCUCAGCAAUAAACGCUGCCUUGGUGAGUAUCAUCCGGAGCACAAUAUUUCCUUUUCCAAAUCCCAUACUGUUAUUCUGAUGGAGAAGCUUCAAUAACUAACUCCUCUGCUGCUGCUAAUGCUCCUGCUGCUGCUGCUGAUGACCCGAAUAGCAGCUCUUCUAGCAACAACUCCAACUCACCCAACACUGUUCCCAUCAACAGUGACGCAUCUUCUGGUUCCAAUGACAGCAGCGCCGCUGGUUCUAGUUCCGCUGAUGCUUCCACUCCUUGUACAGGACCUGGUUAUUUCAGAGAUUCGAAGAAUUGCAAUAAGUUCUACCAUUGCUAUAAUGAUGGAAGUAAUCUUGUAGCAGCACUAAAAACAUGCGGUGAAGGAUUGUAUUUCGACAGUAUAGCUAAAACUUGCAACUGGGCCAGUCUGGUGGUUUGCUAA